AUGCCUCGCGCAGAUAUCCUAGUCGGAAAUGCCUGUAAAUCUUUCUGUCCGUCGCUACCGCCUGAGGUAUGGAUCAACAUUCUCAGCUACCACUCCGACCUUGCGCAUCUAUGGAAUACAGUCAGACGCGUUUCGCCCACCCUGCGGGCCUGUGCUGAACGCGCGUUUGGCGAUAACUUCCUCAAAGAUGUCCACAUCGAGUUCUUGUUGGAGAGGCAUAACCUAGGCGGCAAGAGAGGGCCCCACGAGCCCGCCAUCUCUGUGGAAUUCGAGCGGCUAGGCAAAGGAGAUGAGGAAAGGCUUGCUUGCUUUCGUGGGCAUAUGAUCACUGUUCCGUGGCUGAGAGAUAAGACUCCAAAUAUCAUAAUGCAGAGAUGGCACGAGAACAUCGAGAAACGCAAGCCAGAGUUGCCAAACUACACGAUCUGUAUUGGCGACAUGGUUAACGACACCCACAUCCCAAGCCUCACCGUCAAUGUCGAAGAAUACGAGGUCCAACUCGACUGGCGUGGAAUGUUACAGCUCUUCUUCCGCGAAUAUGCAAAACUCGACGCGUCGAAGGCGGAUUGGCAGAGGGGUCAUGAGUCGAGUCAUCAAACGACUGCUACUCGAAAGGUGAAAGGAAGCAAAUUAGGGUCGAUGGAGUCUCCAGCAUUGUGGCAGGACAUCGAAGCCGAGUGUCGGAGAAACCUAAGACGGAAAAGACUGAAAGAGCAUUAUCGUGAUAAUGCUGAGAUGUUGUGGGCCAUCGACUCGCUGAAGUACUUCGAGAAAGCCGACUCGUCGAAAUGGAGCUCGGCUUCACCGAAGAUGCUACCACAUUUACCCGGUGCUGGUCUCGGCGAACGUUGGUUUGGUAGCACAAACUUGGUUCAAGAGCUCUAUUUGGACGAGUGCAGUAGCAUGAACAGAAUUGACACGCAGAUACGACUCAUCGGCAAGCUCAAAGGCAGCUGA